GACCUGUCAUUUUCGCCCCCUCUUGUAUUUCUGUUUUCAGCCAUCCUUUUAUUAUUAAUUACUCUCUUUUAUUUAACCUUCGAGCGAGACUUUAGGCAAAGCAGUGGCCGAGGUAUGUCGGCGGCGGCGACAACUAGCCGAGCGACUCGGCGUAUGGGAGCCGAGGAUGAGAAGUUAGUGUUCGAGACGACGGAAGGAGUUGAGCCGAUAAUGAGCUUCGUUCAGAUGGGACUUAAAGACGAUAUCCUCCGUGGAAUCUACAAUUACGGCUUCGAGAAGCCUUCGGCUAUCCAGCAGAGAGCGGUUAUGCCGACAAUUAAUGGUCGCGACGUGAUUGCCCAAGCCCAGUCUGGUACCGGCAAAACUUCAAUGAUUGCCCUGACCGUAUGCCAAGUUGUCGACACUGCUAGCAGAGAGGUUCAAGCAUUGAUCUUGUCACCCACAAGGGAACUAGCUUCACAAACGGAGAAGUUGAUAAGGACAAUCGAUGAUUUCAUGAACAUUCAAGCACACGCUUGUAUUGGGGGAAAAAGUGUGGGUGAAGAUAUAAGAAAGCUAGAACAUGGAGUUCAUGUAGUGUCGGGAACUCCCGGUAGGGUUUGUGACAUGAUCAAGUGGAGAACCCUACGUACUAGGGCUAUUAAACUACUGAUUCUUGAUGAAUAUGAUGAGAUGCUCAGCAGAGGGUUCAAAGAUCAAAUUUAUGAUGUUUCCCGACAUCUUCCACCAGAGCUUCAGGUUUGUCUGAUAUCUGCUACCCUCCCUCAUGAAAUCUUGGAAAUGACGAGCAAAUUUAUGACUGAUCCUAUAAGGAUCCUUGUGAAGCGUGAUGAAUCGACUCUGGAGGGAAUUAAGCAGUUUUUUGUAGCAGUUGAAAGGGAGGAGUGGAAGUUCGAUACACUUUGUGAUCUUUAUGACACGCUGACUAUAAUUCAAGCUGUUAUUUUCUGUGUAACAACCCGAAAAUUUUAA